AUGGGAGACUAUGUAAUUACGAGUUGCCUAACGGAGUGUAUCGCGGAGUACGGUGAGAGAGGAGGCAGAGAAGUUUGGAAAGCAGCAAAUGAGUUUUUCGCCGAGCUUCCAAUCGCGUGUGUUCUCAACGAGAAUAUGUUUGUUGCGCAUGGAGGAAUCUCUCGUUUGAUAUUGAAGGGAAAUGAAGUUUUCGACAGUAUCAAAAAGAGACCAACCACUGCAUACGAGUGGAAGCUGUUCAUCGAUAUUUUGUGGAGUGACCCGGAUGGAUCCCUUCCCAUGAGUAGAGAUUACAAACUCCUGUUUCCCGUGAAUAAAAAUCGAACAAGAGAUGCUGACAGAUACACGUCUUUUGGAUUAAUCGAAGUGUUGGAUAAAAUUGGAAUGGAAUGUCUCGUUAGAGCACACCAAGUUGUGACUCAUGGCUAUGAACCGUUCUGCGCGACUCGCUGCUUCACAAGCUACGGAUCAACUAACAACUCGAAAAAUAACAAUGCUGCCCAAACUAUCGUCUAUGAUGAUUCAAGUGUUGAGUUCAUCAGAUUCAAAAAUUUGAAUAAAGAAACGAAGUGCGAAGAAGACACAACGAAACCUCGCACAUCAAAAGGUCAAAACACACGAUCGAAGAAUUCUAGACGCUCAACUUCGUUGGAGAACGGAAAAACUAAAUAA